AUGCCCUGGAUGCAUUGCUCCACGCCGUGCUGGCUGGUGCAGUACUGCCAAUGCGCCGACUGGCGCGCAGGGUGCGCGUCGCCGCGCGUGGCACGGGAGGCGCGAGAGGCGCGGCUGUCGGUCAACCCCGCGGCGCAUGGGCGCCGCGGAAGCUGCUCGACAGGCUGCGGGCAUCGCUGCGGCAAAAAGCGCCCGCCCUCUGCUUUGCUUUCGCCCGCGUUUUACGACAACUUUCGGGGAAACCUGGAGCGCGGACUAACCCUCGGAGAGUAUUCUUUAGCUCCCGAGUUCAUUUUAUAA